AAAAUUAUAAAUAAGCUGGCGCAAAUUUGAAAUGUUCUUGUUCGAUUAGAAAUAAAAAUGUUGAAACUAAACUCAAUAAAUUUUAUAUUUGAAUAAAUUCUCUGAUCUAAAUCUAUUUCAAAUGUCAUGAUAAGUUUCCUGCUUCGUUCAUAUUCCUAACAUGAGAAGAUCUGCUGCUCCUAGUUUGCAGUCGUCUGCUAAACGUUUUCGUUUUAUGUCUCCUUUUGUUGAUUCAUCAUCUGAAAUCAAAGAAAAUGAUUUAUUGGAUGACAUAGAUCCCGAAAUCGCUGAAGAUUUUAAAAAAUUAUCAUCAGAUGAACCUAAACAUGAAUAUGAUAUCCCAUUGGUUUGUGAAAAAAAUGCUGAAAGCUCAAAUUUGAGGAGUACCAGUGAAAUCAUGCAAAUGAUUUUAGGAGCAACUAAGGACUGUGAAGAAAGUGAAAAGGUCGUUAAGACAAACUCUUUUCCCACUACAAAUGUGGAAAAUAGAGAAAUAAAUAAUUCAAGAAAUUUAGUUCCUGUUAUUUUUCCCGAUAACGAUUUCUCACAAACAAAUUGUUCUUCUGCAACGUCUGAAAGUUCUGUAUCCAAGUAUAAUGUGUUAUGGUGCAAACGUUCUGGGAAAAAACACAAGAUUUGGGAAGGUGAUGGUAUUUUAAUAGUUAGAAAUCGCUCUGCUAUUCUGAAGAAUUCUGAGGGAAAAGAAAUUGACAGAGGGAUGGGUUAUAAGCUCAAAGAUAUUUCAGCACUUGAGGAAGGAAGCAAGUUUUAUGUUGGUGGUAAAGAAUGUGAGAUACAAAAUCUUAUUUCUUCUGAAGUAUGUUUGGAAGAAAAGCAGACUGAGACACAAUCUACAUUAUCAUUAUCUCAUGCAUCUCACUCGCCAUCUCUUAAAAAGACUAAGAGAUUGAAAUCACUGCAGUCUCAUUCAAGUUCUGUUUUCUUUAUGUCACCUACUAUUAUUGAAAAAGCUGAAAAUAUGCCUAUCAGUGAAAGUAUAUAUGAUUUGACUAUGCCACCCCCAACAGAAGAGCACCAAGUCUUGUAUAACAAACAUAACUUGCCUUUGACUAAAGUUAAAGUUGAUUCUUUUCUUGUCAAAUGUCUGAGACACCAUCAAAAAGAGGGAAUUACUUUCAUGUACAAAUGUAUUUUAGGCUUUCAGCAUGAUUUGGGACGAGGAGUUAUCUUGGCUGAUGAAAUGGGCUUAGGAAAAACCCUUCAGUGUAUUGCUCUGAUAUGGACUCUUUUUAAGCAAGGACCCUAUGGUGGCAGGCCAGUUCUGAAAAGAGUUAUUAUUAUUACACCUAGUAGCCUAGUCACUAAUUGGAAAAAAGAAUUUCACAAAUGGCUUGGUGAAUCUAGACUCUCAAUAUUUAUUAUUGAUAAGAAGCACACAGUGAAGGAAUAUGUAAAAUUUCCAAAAGACAUUUUAAUUAUUUCCUAUGAAAUGUUUCUGCGAUCAGCUGAGCUGUUAUCAUCUGUUUCUUUUGAUCUUGUUAUUUGUGAUGAAGGUCACAGAAUAAAAAAUCUAAACAUUAAGAUUUCUAACGUUGUAAAUUGCUUAUCUACUACAAAAAGGAUUUUGCUGACAGGCACACCAAUUCAAAACGAUUUGGCUGAAUUUUUCUCAAUAGUUGACUUUGUGAAUCCUGGAGCUUUUGGUACUUUCAAAAACUUCAGAAUCUCUUUUGAGCGACCUAUUCUUCAAUCCAGAAAUCAGAAUUGUCCACCUGAGGAGAAGGAAAUUGGAGAAGAAAAAAGUGAAGAAUUAAAUGAAAUUAUCAGAACCUUCAUGCUUCGCAGAACUCAAGAAGUUAUAAAUCGUUUCUUACCUCCCAAAUCCGAAGCAGUUAUAUUUUGUCGUCCCUCUGAAUUUCAAACAAGCCUUUAUAAAUCCCUGUUAGGCUCAAGAUUUAUUGAAGGGAUUUUCUCCUCUUCAGGAUCUGUUGAUUCUUCUCUACAAUUAGUUUACAUAUCAAUGCUUAGAAAACUAUGUAAUCAUCCUCAUUUGUUGUACAGAGGAAAUUCUGAAGAAGAGAAUAUGAAUAUUGGAUGUCUUCAGUCUGUAUUUCCUGUUAAUUAUCAACCAACAUCAUCUGAUUCUGGGAAAAUGAAAGUGUUAGAAAAGAUGCUUUUGGCAUUAUUUUCAUCUCAUAAAAAGGAAAAAGUGGUCAUUGUAUCUGCAUUUACCAUGACUCUGAAUUUAAUUGAAAAUCUCUGUAAAGAAAAAGGUUACUUUAUUCUGAGGCUUGAUGGAUCCACUGCAUCAGCAUCUCGGCAGGAUAUAGUCGACAUUUUCAAUCGUUCCUACACAAAAUAUAACAUAUUUUUACUCAGCAGUAAAGCCGGAGGAGUGGGUUUGAAUCUGAUUGGAGCCUCUCGAAUAAUUUUGUAUGAUGUUGAUUGGAACCCGGCUAAUGACCUCCAGGCAAUGGCACGUAUCUGGAGAGAUGGACAGAAGAAUUUUGUAUAUGUGUACAGAUUAUUAACAACGGGAACCAUUGAAGAAAAGAUAUAUCAAAGACAGCUUUCAAAGCAAUGCCUUAGUGGGUCUGUUCUCAAUCCUAAUCUAAUGGAAAAAUUGAAAUUUUCACAAGAAGAAUUGAAGGAUUUGUUUUCGGUUCAUUGUGACACUAUGUGUUUGACUCAUGAUCUGAUAAACUGCCAGUGUUUAAAUUUCUCUAGAGAAAGGAAAACUAGCGAUGAUAAUGAAAUUACUAAGAUAAAGAAAAAUAAGAAUAUUGGAAUGGAAGAACUUAUGAAUUGGCAUCAUAUAUGUGGUCCUAUCUCCCAAGAAAAUACAAGUGACUUCUUAUUGGCUGCAGGCGGAACUGACAUAACAUUUGUAUUCAAGAAUGAAGUCAAUUUCUCUUCUCACUCCAUCACACCGUGAACAACUGCCAUCCUCUGUAUUUAAAAAAACAAUGAACAUUUGCAUUUAGAUAACAAUAAAUUUUUGUAA